GCAGCAGCCGCAGCAACCCAUGCAGCAGCAGCAGCCGCAGCAACCCCUACAGCAGCAGCAGCAGCCGCAGCCUCCCCUACAGCAGCAGCAGCCGCAGCAACCCCUGCAGCAGCCGCAGCAACCCCUACAGCAGCAGCAGCAGCAGCCGCAGCCUCCCCUACAGCAGCAGCAGCAGCAACCCCUGCAGCAGCCGCAGCAACCCCUACAGCAGCCGCAGCAACCCCUACAGCAGCUGCAGCAACCCCUGCAGGAGCAGCAGCCCCUGCAGCAACCUUUGCAGCAGCCGCAGCAACCCUUACAGCAGCAACUGCAGCAGCAACCUCAGCAGCAGCAGCAGCCCCUGCAGCCUCCCCUGCAGCAGCAGCAGCCCCUGCAGCAACCCCUGCAGCAGCAGCAGCCCCUGCCGCAACCCCUGCAGCAGCAACAACUGCAGCAACCCCUGCAGCAGCAACCUCAGCAGCAGCAGUCCCCUCAGCAACCCCUGCAGCAGCAACCUCAGCAGCAGCAGUCCCCUCAGCAACCCCUGCAGCAGCAACAACCGCAGCAGCAGCCCCAGCAACCCCUGCAGCAGCAACUGCAGCAGCAGCAACCUCAGCAGCAACCGCAGCAGCAGAUGCCGCAGCAACAACAAGCUCAGCAACAACCUCAGGAGCAGCCGCAGCAGCCUGCGCAGCAACAACUUCCGCAGCAACAGCAGUCGCUUACUCUGCAACAGCAACAACCGCAGCAGCAGCAGCUGGAGCAGCAGCGCAUGCAACCUCCGCCUCAAGUACCUCAGCUGCCGGUGCAGCAGCAGCAGCAGCAGCAGCAGCCUGCCCUGCAGCAACAACAGCAGCAACCGCAGCAAGAGCAGCCUGCAGCAGCGUCGCCGCGUAAGCUUGCUGCAGCAGUAGCCUCACCAGCAGCAGCAGCAGCAGCAGGCUCUCUGGACACGCAGGGUGAGGUGUCUCUGCAGCCAGUGAGAGCGGAGGGCCCGCUGCUGCGAUCUCAAAAAGAGAAGCAGCAGCAGCAGCAGCAGAUGGAGAAGCCACGGCGGGGCGAACAGCGGGGGGAAGCAGCCGCUGCUUUAGCAGCAGCAGCAGCAGCAGCAGCAGCAGAAGCGGCAGCAGAUUCGGAAGGCAGUGACCAGUGGUCUUUGACUCUGCUGCGGCUGGAGCUGCAGCAGCAGGAAGACAUGCGAUUGCUGCAGCAGGAGCACGCGGAGCAGCUAUUUGCUGCGGAAUCAUCUGCAGCCGCAGCAACAGCAGCAACAGCAGCAGCAGAGAAGCGCCAGGUGCACGUGCUGCUGCUCUGUAUGCUGCUUGUAGGGUUCUCUGUUGCUGCUCCCGACUCUAUCUUAGGAGCAUCAGCAGCACAAGAGAUAGCAGACCUACGAAACCUGCCUGCUGCUGCUGUACCCGCAACUGCUGCAGUUAUCAACGCUAUGGGGGCCGUGGGGGCCCUUGUCCAGGGGAAUUUGACUGCUGCAGUGUCUGAGGCUUACGGGUGGGAUGUGCUGUUCGGGGUGCUGUGCACAUUUGCUGUUUUUAGCGGUUUGCUGCUGCUGCCUGCUGCACUAGCAGAAGUAAGAAGGAAAUCCCUUCCAUAG